AUGGCGAGAAUCAGUGAGUUGUCAGAUGAUUUGCUGAUUAAGAUAUUAUCGUUUCUUCCAACCAAAAUUGCUGUCUCCACAAGCAUCUUUUCGAAACAAUGGCGGUUUCUAUGGUUGUGGCUGCCUAAACUUGAGUACGACGACUUUAAUAUCACGACUGGUCCAUUGUCUUCAUUCUUGAGCUAUCGCGACUUUAUUGACAAGAAUCUGCCAUUGCAUCGAGCUCCGGCCAUGGAGAGCUUGCUUUUCAGAUGUCAUGUUCUUGGAUUACUUCAAGCUGAUGAUAUCAACCGAUGGGUUGAGAUUGCGGUUUCUCGCCUCCUGCGUGAGCUAAGUAUAAGCUAUUUUCGCUUCGUUGAAAAACCAAGCGAUGUACUAUCACUGCCGAGUAGUUUGUACACGUGCGACUCGCUCGUGACUCUGAAGCUUCGAGGCAAGAACGUUGCUGUGGACGUUCCUCAAACUGUUUGUCUCCCUUCCUUGAAGAACUUGCAACUUCAGUGUGUCACAUACUCAAACGGAGGUUCUCUUGGGCUGCUUCUGUCGCAUUGCCCUGUUCUUGAAGAUCUGCUUGUUGAACGAGACGAUGACAGUGACAAUAGAAGAGCGGUCAUUGUUAACGUCCCGUCUUUGCAGAGGUUAUCCUUGAGGAUAGGUCGUGAAUGUUCUUCUGAUGGGUAUGUGUUAAUUACUCCUUCUGUGAAGUAUUUCAAAUUUGAGGAUUACAGAGGUGUUUACUCCAUAUUUUUGGUCGAGCCUAUGCCGAAGUUGGAAGAGGCAGAUAUUUAUGUUAUGCAAGGUUUUAACAAGUUUCUGGAAUCAAUCAUAUCUGUAAAACGUCUUUCAUUGCGUGUAAUACGCAACAGUCCAAUAACGUCUUCUGGUAUUGUCUUCAGCCAGCUUGAACAUUUGAAGCUAUGUAUAUGCAGCGACAAUUGGUCCAAGUUGCUUGUCUGGUUGCUCAGAAAAUCUCCUAAACUGCGAGUCCUCAAUCUCUACGUCGAUCAGAGAUAUCGACACUAUAUGGAGUAUGAACCGGUUGACUGGGAAAAUGAACACAUCUCUGUUCCUGAAUGUUUGUUGAGGAGUCUCGAAACUUUUGAGUUUAAAGAUUACAUGGGGACACAAGAAGAGAUAUAUUUCUUGAGUUUCUUCUUCAAACACGCUUCUUGCUUGACGUCUACAUCAGUCAUUGAUCGUGAAACACAGUUAGGCCCAAGCCCAAGCCCAGGAAGCAAAACCGUCUUGUUAUCAACGAAGCUUUGUCUUAAAGUAACUUGGAUGGAGACCAAGCUCUGCGAUUCCAAUACCUUCUCCGGGACACUCUGA